AUGAUGCCUCCACGGAGACGUAGCGAUCGGGAAGGGUCUACUGUUAACAAUCCGCCACAAAACGAUGAUAAUCUGUUUGCUGCGAUUCAUGCUAUGGCUGAGGCUGUGCGUGAAACGGCGACUGCUACUACCCGAGCAGUUAACCAUCUGGGGGAACGUAAUGGAGAGCGUAACAAUAACCGUAAUGGUGAGAAUGGUGGGAACGGUGAUAGAGAUAACAUGAAUCAUGAUAGGCCUAUGACAUUAGCUGCUUUCUUGAAAGUUAAUCCACCGAAGUUCAAGGGUACGACUGUAGCAACUGAAGCUGAUAAUUGGUUCAGAGGCAUAGAAAGGUUCUUGAGGGCACAGCAUGUCCCGGAAGAACAGUAUGUAGAAUUUGCUACUUAUAUGUUGGAAGGGGAUGCUCAGCACUGGUGGCAGGGCAUUCAACGUUUACUCCAGCAAGAUGAGGGUAAUAUUUUGUGGGAUGUUUUCAAAGAAGAGUUCUAUAAGAAGUACUUUCCUAGAGCUACUCGUGAAGCAAAGGAGAUGGAGUUGAUGCAGUUAAAACAGGGAAGUAUGUCUGUUGUUGAGUAUACAAGGAAGUUUGAAGAUUUAUGUCAUUUUUCCAAGGUUUGCCAAGGGAAUCCAGCAGAUUUCGAAGAGUGGAAAUGUUUGAAAUUUGAAGGGGGACUCCGUGAAGAUUUGUUGAACACAGUGGUUCCAUUGGAAAUACGGAAUUUUGCGGAGUUGGUUAAUAAGAGUCAGCUAGUAGAGGACUGUGCUAAGAAGAUAGCUGCAGCUCAGCUGAAUCGCCCAGGAUCUUGUUUUCAGAAUUAUAAUCGGUAUACAGCUCCUCAGGGAAGGAAUUUUAAGCAGGGAGUAAUGCCUUCACGAAGGUACAAUCAGAAUAGAAAUGUUCAUGCACGUCCUACAGGAGGGAGUGGAGGAAGAAUGAGACAGGAUAUGGGUAAGCGACCUCAGCAGGCGCAGAUGCGACCAGUAUGUAGGCAGUGCGGAAAGGAGCAUGGAGGUAGACCUUGUCAGCUUACAAGCGUUAUCUGUUUUUCUUGUGGUCAGCCUGGACAUAUGGCUAAGGACUGUCCGAAGAAGCCAGUACAAGGAAUAGCAUUGAUCUGGUUCCUGGAGCCGGACCAAUUUCUAUAG